CUCGGGUGGUGAGGAAAACAUCCUUUCUAUAUCUUUCUAUUUCUAUGCUCGAAAACAACUCGGAUCCUCCGCGCAUGCGUACAUUCUAAAAUACGAUUUGCACAACGGUCCGAUAUCAAAGAUGGCGGGAGCCUCCGACCCACUGGAGGACAUGCUCUUCAAUGAGGUGGAUGAGAAAGCAGUUAGCGACUUAGUUGGCUCUCUGGAGUCUCAGCUCGGCGACAGAAAGGCUCCCGCCGCUUCUUAUUCCGACGGGAAACGGGACGCAGCGCCAACGGUCGCCGGGCAGUUCUCAGGGAAAGUGCGCGAGCAAGUGGGGUCUGUGGAGCCGCAACAAGGGCAUCCAAAAGCGGCAUUACUGACCCAGGAACCCGGCGCUAACGUUUCUGAGCCGCUCUCCGGGAACCCCCUCACCUCUUCUACCUCCUCUGUCGCCGCCGGGGCCGUGAUCACCGCCGGAGCGAGUCUACAAACAGUUGGAGUCGGAGCAUCUCCAGUUAUCUCCCCGGGAACUUUGCCCACUCAGCCCGGCGCUGCUAGCUUCCAACGGACGGCUGUUCUGGGCUCGAGCGUUCUGGCUCCGGGCUCGAGCGCGACGGAGGCGAUCAGGACCUCUUCUCCCGGAUUACAAAGUUUAAACGGCGGCGGCGCCGGCGCCGGGGCUGUAAAGUUGGGGGCCAACACGGUGAUAAGUACUGUCAGUGCCGGGGGAUCCACGAUCAUAUCCUCCAUGGCUUCACAGCCUAAUAACUUCCCUCCUCAGUCCACAGCGGCGUCUCCCGCCGCCGGUACGCCGCAGAGGCUCCCCGGCCCGGUGAACGGAGUCGACCCUAAAGCUGCCCUCCCGGUGCCCCAGCACGGCGUCCCUUCCCCGGCAGCGCUGCCCCAGCAGGGCGUCCCUUCCCCGGCAGCCUCCAGCUCUCAGACUGGGAGCAGCACGGCCGCCGUCACCCUAAAGCCAGCGGUGAACGGCGUGGGCCAGCCGGCGGUGGCGCUGGUCAGGCCGCCGGGCACCGUGGUGGCCUCCAUCCAGCAGCAGAGGCCCGGGCUGGUGGCGAGCCCCAACAGAGCCGCUGCUCCUCAGCAGCUCGCUGUCAGGCCGCAGCAGCAGACCAUCCAGCUACCACCAGGCUUCUCCAUGCCUCCAGGGAUGGUUCUGGUCCGGACGGAGACGGGCCAGCUGGUGAUGGUCCCCCAGCAGGUUCUGGCCCAGGCGCAGGCCAAGACGCAGCAGGCCCAGGCCCAGGCGCAGGCGCAGGCCAAUCUCAGCCAGAGACCAGCAGCGCCAACGGCCGGGACCGCCAUCCGGCUCACCACCGCCGCUACGGCUCCUCAAACAGUCCGCCUGGCCACCCCCGUUCAGACCAGAAUGGUUCAGUCACCCUCCGCCACCGUACAGAAGGCUCUCUCGGUCGCGCCGGGCGGAGCCGCGGUGUCGGUAAAGAUGACCCCCCAGAAGGCUCAGACGGUGAUCACCGCGGGGGGGACGCCGGUGGCCAAACCUGCCGGCGUCCCAUCCGCCCCGCUGACCAGCACCACGCCCGCCCCCCAGCCCACGACGCCCGCCAGAGUCACCGUGGUGUCGCAGGAGAUGCAGGAAAACGUGAAGAAGUGUAAGAACUUCCUGGCCACUCUGAUCAAGCUGGCGUCGCACAACUCUCCCUCCCCGGAUACCUCCAAGAAUGUCAAGGCCCUGGUGCAGGACCUGCUGGAUGCAAAGAUUGAGCCGGAGGAGUUCACCACUCGGCUGCAGGCUGAGUUGAAGUCCUCCCCACAGCCCUACCUCAUCCCCUUCCUCAAGAAAAGCCUCCCGACCCUUCGCCAGUCUCUGCUCAGCAACCAGCAGUCUCUGGUGACACCCAGCACGUCGGCCCCGCCCCCCCCCGCUGCCGCCAUCGCCACCGCCAUCCGGCCACGGCUGCCCGUCAGCCCGGCCAGCAGCGCCGUCAGGAUGGCCGCUCCGCUCGCCAACACUCUGGCUGUAAACCGAGGAGUCCAGCCGGUUCAGACUCGUUCUCCGGUCGUCUUCAGUCAGACUCUCAGACCUCAGGGGACUCUCAUGAGUCGACCCAUGACGAUAAUCAGCAGAGGUCUGGUGACGCCGGCAGCUACGGCCAAUCAGAGGAAGCUGAGCGACCCGGGGGGCGGGACCUUCAGAGAUGACGACGACAUCAACGACGUGGCGUCCAUGGCCGGCGUCAACCUCAACGAGGAAAACGCCCGUAUCCUAGCGACCAGCUCGGAGCUGGUGGGGACAAAGAUCCGCUCGUGUAAAGACGAAGCCUUCCUGCCCCCCGGGCUGCUGCAUCGCCGCAUCAUGGACACUGCUAAGAAGCUGGGAGUGAGCGAGGUUCCUCUGGACGUGGUGAACCUGGUGUCCCAUGCCACCCAGUCCCGACUGCGUGCGCUGCUGGAGAAAGUAUCAGCCGUGGCUCAGCACCGCUCAGACGCCGGCAAGGAUGAAGAGCAUCAUGAACCCUCGUCAGAUGUUCGCUCUCAGCUUCGGUUCUUCGAGCAGCUGGAGCGGAUGGAGAAACAGAGGAAGGACGAACAGGAGAGAGAGAUUCUGCUGAAAGCUGCCAAGAGUCGAGCUCGGCAGGAGGAUCCUGAACAGGCUCGUCUGAAACAGAAAGCUAAAGAGAUGCAGCAGCAGGAGUUGGCUCAGAUCAGACAGCGAGACGCCAACCUCACGGCUCUCGCCGCCAUCGGGCCGCGCAAGAAACGCAAGAUGGGCUCACCGGGAGGCGGCGCGUCUGGCACGGAGGUGGCGUCCGGCUCGGCUGCAGGCUCCCCGGCAGCGGCGGCGUCUGCCUCGUCGUCCCGGCAACAGCUGCGUCAGCGGAUCACACGAGUUAACCUCAGGGACUUCAUCUUCUGUCUGGAGCAGGAACGCUGCACUGCGCGCUCGCUCACGCUCUACAAGGCGCUGCUGAAAUGAUGAAGACUGGACUACUCUUCCUCCUCCUCGCCUCCUCAGAGUGUCUCCUCGCCUCCUCAGAGUCUCCUCGCCUCCUCAGAGUGUCUCCUCGCCUCCUCAGAGUCUCCUCGCUCCUCAGUGUCUCCUCGCUCCUCAGAGUCUCCUCGCCUCCUCAAAGUGUCUCCUCGCCUCCUCAGAGAGUCUCCUCGCCU